AUGCAAGCUCCGCCAUCUGAGUCGGACGGAUGGAUUGAGUCGGGACUCAGUCCGGCCGGCCCUGCUGUCAACCGUGUCUCCAAAUCAUGGAGACUCUUCACCAGCUUUUCCGCCGCCCUUCUGCUGGUAGGCUAUCUGAUUCUAUCGGUGGUCUUUGGCGACCCCAGCGAAACCCUCCGUGUUAAUAUUACCAUCUCCACCAUUAUCGCCUUGUUCUUCAUCGGCGUGUCCUAUGUCGCCUCGAUCGCGAUCGCAUUCUUUCAGCGCAAACGCAAACUCUUCCUCUUGCAUUCGUUGUUUCUGCCAUAUUUGGUAGCCAACCUGGUUGCCCUCUUUGACGUCCUAUUUAAUAUCUUUAGUCGCAAUUUGCUCCCUCUGAACGCCAUCCGAGUUGUGGGCAUCGGCUUGCCGUGUGCCUUUUCCGUCAUCUACGGUCUCGCCUCCUUCUUGAUCUACCGCGAAUACGGACCUAGCCAGGGCCAUCGGGCCGAGGACGGGACCCCGUUACUGAGUCAAGAGGAGAUGACGCGACGCCAACUCCUGCGACUGCUGCAGGAGCAAAACAACAAUGCCUCGCCAGGCCUGCCGCCUAAUACCACCUAUCGAUUAGAAAGAGUACCUGGUCUGGACCCAGUCCCCAAGAGCUGGGAUCCGCACCUCAGUCCGCACCUCAGUCCACACCUCAGUCCGCCCCCUCGUCGACCACCUGGAGUAGUUUGGGCCAAACUAUGGUCUGAUGAGAAAUAA